GUAACAGUUAUCGCCGCUGGCACAUUACGUUUCCCGGAAAAUGGCGUAAGCUUAGCGUGUUUGUUUAUGUUUUAGCGUUCUUCAUUCUGGACCAGACGAUCUCAUUCUGGUGUCGGUUGCUUUAGAAUUAGCAUUUUUUUUCCUGUAGAAGUUCGGUAGUGCUGGCUGAUUUUAUGUCACAUAGAGAUAUGUGCAGCUGACGAGUAGCUGUUACAUGUGUUUUGAAAGAAAAGAGCACACGAAAACUGUUGAGGUAUAUUUGUGCAGCACAGGAUAUAUACAUAUGCGGCCAUUAUUAUUGACGAUAAUGAUCCACUCAUGUGGUUUGGAAACUCACCAAAGUGAAGUGAUCUCUACGUUAUAGUCAGUAAGCAGAACUUUUUACAAAAAUGUCGGGCUUUUUCUGUCUUCCUACCUGUGGCCAGAUUACAUUGUGGAUUACAUAGUAAUGACACCCUUUGACUGAAAGCGAAAGCAGUCUCCUUGUUCUUUUCUUGGACCGAAUCGUUCGUGUGAGGCAGGUGUAAAGAAAGAAAAGCCAUGAUGGCUCAGCUGCCUGGAAAUUUGAAUGGAGUAGAUGCCAGUCGUUCUAGACUUCUCAACUCCCCGGAAAUGGCAACAUUGAGAGGAUCUAAAAAUUAUGUGUGGGACACAGCCAAGUGUCUUGGACAAGGUGCCACCAGCCUUGUGUAUAUUGGCAGAGAAAAGCGAACUGGAGAGGAGGUGGCUGUAAAGGUUUUCACACCUCAGAGUUACCAGCGUCCACGGCAAGUUCAAAUGCGGGAAUUUGAGGUCAUGAAACGGCUGAAUCAUGAGAAUGUUGUCCGACUUCUUGCCAUUGAACAGGAGCAAACAACACCAAAUGGAACGGAUGUGAUCGUAAUGGAGUUGUGUCCUCAUGGAAGUCUCUACAAUGUGCUGGACAGCCCAGAAAACAGCAGUGGUUUGUGUGAAGAGGAGUUUCUCUUGGUCCUUAAACAAAUCACUGCAGGAGUAAAACAUCUCCGAGAUUUUGACAUAAUCCACCGAGACAUAAAGCCAGGCAACAUCUUGCGCUGUGUGGCAGAAGAUGGCAGGUCCAUCUACAAACUCACAGAUUUUGGGGCAGCCAGAGAGUUGCAAGAAAAUGAAGAAUUUGUUUCUCUGUAUGGCACAGAGGAGUACCUGCAUCCAGACAUGUAUGAGAGGGCAGUACUGCGCCAUUCUCGAGGACAGCAGUUUGGAGUGCACGUUGAUCUGUGGAGCCUCGGUGUUACAUUUUAUCAUGCUGCUACUGGAAACUUACCUUUCAGACCAUAUGGAGGCCGGCGUAAUAAGGAGACAAUGCAUCUUAUUACUGCACAGAAAGAACCUGGUGUCAUAUCAGGUGUGCAGCUAACUGAAAAUGGACCUAUAGAAUGGCGCCGAGAACUUCCAGCUACUUGUAGACUUUCUGUUGGUUUGAAGAGGCUCAUCACACCGUUCUUGGCUGCCCUUUUAGAGCGUGACGCUACUCGUACUUGGCCAUUUGAACAGUUUUUUGAGCAGGUAGCUGUCAUCACGUCCAAACUGGUGGUUGAUGUGUUUUGUCCCUCGCUCCCUUGCCCUUUGAAAAUCUAUACUGACAAGGAAGACAGGUAUACAAGACUUCAGGAGCUGAUUGCAGAGCAGACAGACAUUCCUCCUACCGAACAGCUGCUACUGUUUGAGGGACAGAAACUCAGUGACCUUGUGCAGGUGACACAGCCUGUCAGCACUUACCACUUUGACGUUACUGCAACAAAUCCUAUCAUAGUGUACAGUACCACUGGAGCCUUUCCUCAGAAGCCAUAUCUGCCUUCCAUAGGACAGUUUCCUCAAAUGACACAAACAAUGGACACUGAUUAUGACUACCCACAAUGUAAGCGCUGUUGUGGUGUGCUCCAUACGAUCCUGGAGGCAGUAAAAAGUAUCACAAACAUCACUUUCCUAAUCAACCUCUCUGUACAUACAUACAGCGCUCAACUGAAAAGGCAGAUGGACCGUCAACAGGAGUCACUGUCUCGCCUCACCCAGCAAAUAAAUGUGAUCAGUCAAUGGCAGAACACCACUCUUCACCAUCUUGUUCACCAUGUACAUCUCCUGAACCUUCCUGUCCUCUUGAACAGCCCCAUAGAGCCAAAAGUCAGAAGCUGGCUAAAGGUUAUUCAAGCUUUGCAUCAAACAACUAAACAGGAGUGUGAAGAGCAAAUGGAAAAGAUACAAAGAGGCCGUAACCAGGCACUUGAACAAUUGCAGACAGUAGUAACAGUGCUAAAAACAGCAGGGGAAUGGAACUCCAGCCUAGGCUGUUCGCCGUCUGAUAGGUGUGCUGACAAAGUGAAGGUGAUGCUGGAACGUGUAAAGAAAAUUCAGCUUCUCUUCAAAGAAAAUCGCAGCAAGCGACAUUUGAACUACAAUGAUGAACAGAUCCAUAAAUUUGAAAAAAACAAAUUAGGAGAGCUGUGCACAAGAGCUCGAUCCUUGCUGGUUGACCGAUGCCUUUCUUCUAGAAAGCAGCUCUAUGAAGGUUACAAACAGUGGCUGGAAACUGCUCUGAACUGCCAACAACGUAUCAGUCAGGUGGCGGAGACUGUGAAGCAGAUGAAUGACCUUCAUUCACAUCUUGUCAACAGACUGACCUCUGCAGAGGAGAAGAGCAGCAAGUUGACUGACGACUGUGUAGAGCACCUUACAAAAGAGAUGUCUGCAGGUGUUGAUGGCAGCAUGGUUGUCAGCAGACUCACCAAUGGGUCUAACGAGUUCUCUAUAGAGUUUGUCAAUUCUCCCAGCAGCAACAGCGGGAGCAUGACCUCCAGACAAGAGCGGCUGGACAGCCUGCUAGAUGGGAUCUGCAUAUCCCGCAAGACACUCGAGGAAGUGGAAACACUUGUCAGUGAAAACAUGCAACUGAUUCGCAAUUUCAGUCUUCUGACAGAUGAGAGCAAAGCUGGGGAUAACGGAUCUUGACGAUGGCAAAUCUCCAGUAUUGGACAUGGG